AUGUCGGCCUCAAACCAUUCCAAGUCGAACGUCUCUAAGGAUGGAGAUGUCCUCCAAGUCGUUGGUGACGAGGAGCUGGACAAUGGCCGGAUUUUCGAUGCGCGCGAGGCGAAGAGACAAAUCGGCAUCCCGACCGCCAUCUUCCUGAUCGUGAACCGUAUCAUCGGUACUGGAAUCUUCGCUACUCCGAGUACGAUCCUGGGCCUCUCUGGCAGCGUUGGUCUCUCACUAUUCAUGUGGGUCGCCGGCAUGCUCAUCGCGCUGGCCGGAACUGCGGUGUUUAUGGAGUUCGGCACGGCGAUACCCAAGAACGGCGGCGAGAAGAACUACCUGGAAUACGUCUGGCGGAAACCGAAGUUCCUGACUACCGGCCUUUACACCGGCUAUGUCAUCCUCCUGGGCUGGGCCAGCGGUAACUCAGUUGUCUUCGGCGAGUAUAUAUUGCACGCCGCCAACGUCGAGGUUGACCGGUGGAACCAGCGCGGAAUUGGUCUUGCCUGCCUAACAUUCGCGUUCCUGAUCCACGGCCUCGCCCUGAAGUGGGGACUGCGACUCCAGAACUUCCUCGGAAGCAUCAAAAUUUUCAUCAUCUUGAUUAUGGUGUUCGCCGGCUGGGCAGCGCUGGCCGGCCGCGUCAAGCUCGACAAGAAGCCCGACAACUUCACCAACGCCUUCGAGGGAACGACGGGCAGUGCCUACGGCGUCGUCACGGCGCUUUACAACGUCAUUUGGAGCUAUGUCGGCUACAGCAACGCCAACUACGCCCUCAGCGAGACCAAGAACCCCGUUCGAACGCUCAAGAUCGCCGCGCCCCUCGCCGUUGGUGUUAUCGGUGUCCUGUAUAUGCUGGUUAACAUCUCCUACUUCGCUGCCGUGCCAAAGGACGAGAUGCUCGCCGCCAAGCGACUGGUCGCCGCGUCGCUCUUUCGCAACGUCCUGGGACCGACUGCUGAGCGCGCUCUGUCCGUCUUCGUGGCGCUGUCUGCACUGGGAAACGUGCUAAGUGUGAUCUUCUCGCAGGGUCGUCUGGUUCAAGAGCUGGGCCGCGAGGGUAUCCUGCCAUUCUCGAAGUUCUGGGCCAGCAACCGACCCCUGAACGCCCCCCUCCCCGGCCUCAUGUGGCACUGGCUCAUCUGCGCCAUUACCAUCCUGGCGCCGCCCCCCGGUGAUGCGUACAACUUCAUCCUGAACCUUAUAUCAUAUCCGCUGGCCAUAAUCAACGCGUUCGUCGCAGCCGGUCUUGUGUGGCUUUACAUCAAGCGGGACGAGUGGAACUGGCACCCUCCCUUCAGCGCCACCCUGCCCGUCGUCGUCUUCUUCAUGCUCAGCAACAUUUACCUCGUCGUCGCUCCCUUCGUGCCGCCCGAGGAGGGCCAGAACGUCUAUGAAUCCCUGCCCUACUGGAUCCACUGCGUGGUCGGGUUUGGGGUCAUCUUCGCCGGGGGGGUCUAUUGGUUCAUCUGGGCGAAGCUGCUGCCCAAGAUCGGGAAGUACCAGCUCGUGCGGGAGACUGUUGUCGACGAUAUUGAUGGCUGGGACAGGGCUGUCUUUGUCAGGAAGCCGCUUGGGACUGUGGUGCCUGAGGAAGACGAUGUGCCCCAUUACGGAUCUUUGUAG